AUGUCUCUGCUCGGAAUUUCCACCAAGUCUUGGUUCGGUUUCGAUCUAGACGAUACACUUCACGAAUUUCGACGAGCAUCAGCCCUUGCCUCGGAUCAAGUUUUCCAGGCAGUUCACACUGCAAAACAUAUCAAAAUCAACACCCUCAAGGAUGACUACCGGGUCAUUCUACGUAAUGCAACCGCCAAUGCCUUCACGGAUGGUAGGACCUCAGCCGAGUAUCGGCGCGAGCGAUUUGAUCGUCUGCUUCAAAUGCACGGGGUCAAUGAACCUCGUCUUCUCGAAUGUCUACUAGAGGUAUAUCAUGAUUCUUUGCGAGAGAACUUGACCCUCAAGGAUGGUGCAUUGCAUCUUCUGCAAACACUACACAAACGAGGGAAGAACAUCAUUGUCAUCACCGAAGGCCCGGCCGAUGCACAGGAGUGGACUGUGCGAGAACUUGGCAUCCAGCCUUACAUUGACGUGCUUGUGACGACCAAUGCGGUGGGAAGGUCCAAGGUAGACGGACUUUUCGGCGUUGUAUUGAACAAAUAUGACAUCGCUACGAAUGAGAUUGUGUACUUCGGCGAUAACCCGGCGCGCGACAUCGAGGCUGCACGAGCAGAAGGGAUUCUAGCAGUGCUCUACGAUACUACGGGGAGCACGGAUUUGGAAGACACAAAUGCAUUGCGGGUGAAUUCGUGGGCAAAUGUAGCAGAUAUACUCAUCCGUGGAGAGUAA